AUGGAGCACCAGACAUUGUGUCUAAGCAUCCCAUUAAAUCCUACAAUGAGCAACGCUGGAAUUCAGGAAGUUCCAAUGAAAAUUGCCUUUUCCACCUCUGAUCUAUUGAAAUCGGAACUAUUUCCCAUGGAACAUGAGCCAAGAUAUAAGUUAAAGCGGUCUCCACAAGGUCACUUGACUUCUUUGAUGAGUCUAUGUCACCUUGCACAUCCUCCUCCUCUGGAAAAGAUUGUUCACUGUGAGUCGUGGAAGGGCCAACUUUUGCAGACUCAUCUUCGCUACAACUUGUAUUGCUGUCAGUGGAAGCAACUGAGAGAGAUUCAGCAGAUAGCUGCAAAAAUUCUUCCUCUAAAUUGCGUCGCCGGUGUAAAAUAUCCUCUUGGUAAUGAGGUGGAGACCCUGGGAACACUGAUGAUAAAUGACCCUCAGUAUUGGGAGACUGCAUUUUUGGUCAAAUUGUCCACUUUGGGGACUGCAAGAGAAUUGAAGAGUGACUUCCCAGAAUCUGCAGACACAAUCCCAUCAUUGCUUAAUAAUCUAGACUCUUCCUGA